CUUAUGAAUCGUGAUGUAAGGUUGACGAAUUGAAUGGUAGUAAGCCAAGUAUAAUAACAAUAUAUAUUCUUAUGAUACACUAAUCAUACUAAUAACUCGCGUUAUGUGAUCUAUUAGAGUUUUUAACUGUACUUUGGUAAAAAGUUUUUACUAGUACCUUGAGAGUUAUUUAGUUACUAACUAUCUGACAAGAUGGUUGAAAUAAUUUGAAAAAAAAAGCAAAAAGGAAAGGUAAAACAUGCAGGAAAAUUUUCCAAGUAAAAGUAUGCGGAAAGGGAAGUAGUGAUCUAUUAUUGACUGUAGAUGUAUUCAAAUAGUUCGUUUAGUAUGCUUAAAUAAUCGUAUGUGCAAUCCCUCUUUUUAGAUGAUAGCACUGCUGAAUGUAUAAAAAAAAAAUAGUUAUUUUAUCUCUUAAAAUAACUAUUUUUAUAGCUUCCAGACAGCCACAUGUCUCGCUUAAUCUACGAACCUACCUCUUGUUUAUUGUCUGGUUUUCCAUAUUCUAUUAAACUACAAGCUUAACUAGAAAUGUUUAAAACUUGAACAAUAGUGAGCAAUGUAUUUUUUAUUCAACGAAUUUUCACGGUUCAACGAAUUCUCAUGGUCAAAUAGUCUGCAUAAUAAUAUAUGACCCUUAAGAGAAAGUUUAAGACCCACAAUAACGCGUUUCAAGCAUGUUUCUACGAUAUGCAUUUCAUAUAUAAAUGCAACAUAGUUAUAGCUUUUCGACUACAACGAUUCCUAUCAACGAUACGAACGAAUAUGAAAUAGUUUGAUAACUACUCUGCACCUUUUUCAUUUUUAUCUCAAUAUAAAUUUAUUGUUGUCAUUCUCGAUGUAUGCAUAACAUAAAAAGAAAAAAACUGACUCGUUCUUCCCCAAUUACAUUCGUUAUAAUAUAUGUAUGUUGAUCUAGAAGAAACGUACAAAAUAAUAUAUACACAUCAAAAUCGAACAUAUGUCUUAUCUAUAAGCUGGAUGUUGCUGAAAUAUUUAAACUAUUAACCGAUCCUUACAUAUGUUCAAAAGCUUGUUCUUGCCAAACUUGAUUUUUUUUAUUUUUAAUCGCUGCUAUAUCUUUAAAUGUUUAUAGAUUAUUAAUAAUAUCUUUAUAUAAAAUAAAUUGAAAACAAAGUUCAUUAACAUUCUUAUGGUUAAUAUAAAUAGAAAGAUAUUCGAUGUAAUGUGCAUAUCUAACAACUAACGAUUUACGCUUUCUAGCAAGACUUCGAAUUUUAAUUAAAGUUUUUUAUUUUGAUCAUACUACAGGAUCUACCGGGUAUCCAUAUUCUAAAGACUUGCUACAUAAUUCUUCUUCAAUGGAAUUAUUUACAGAUAUAUAUUUUAUUUACCAAAACCAUAGUGAAAUAUUUAAAUAAUUUGAUUGAUACUAAUUAAUUGGCGUGUUAACGAUUCAACUAGAUCUUACAAAAUGUCCUAUCUUUCAUGUCAUAUUUUUCAAAAUCUAAAGCUUUACUUAUUUACACCUCUGUAUCAUACACUUGGUAAGAACAAUAUGGGACGAAAAACAGCGGUCACUCACCGAUGUAUAUUAUGUGUAAGUACAUAUGAUGUAUGCAUGCAAUAUUUGUCUAUGAUUUACCUCAUGAAUAUUCGCGUGUGUGUAAUUUGCAAAUGUAUGAUGAAUGCAUAUGCAGGUGCAUUUGCGAAAAAAAUGACUCCAAUAUAUAAAGAUAGUGAAAAAUGUAGAGAUACAAAGUAUAGAUCAAUAUCUUUCCAAUUUCCAACGUUAGUAAAAUUUUUGAAAAGAUUUUGCAUAAAAGAUUAAGAAAUUUUUUAAAUAAAAAUAAUAUAAAGCUCGUCGUUCAGCUGUUAACAUUUAUUCCUUAUAAACUACUCAAUAUUUUUUAAAACCGAUUUUUUCGAGAAUGGCUGAGAGUUACUACUGCGACAAAUUAAAGUCGGAGUACAGACCUUCACGUACUAUAAAUAUAAAAAUAUUACAAAAAUCCGGUUCACUUAACUUUUGCUUGGAAGAUCGGAAAUUGUUAAUAUUAAUAUAAAUUAUAUUGUUAAUUAAAUAUUAAUAAAUAAAUGUGUAUUAUUUUCUUAUAUUCAAAAAACGAAAAAAACUUUUCGAUAGAUCUAAUAAGUUAAUGAAUAUUGUGGAAGAUAACGAGUGCAUACGUGCAGUAUUAUUUAAAACGUAUAGAACACGUGUUAUAACUUUACAUUUAUAUCGGUAUUCCUAUAAGUAAUAAGGCAAAUUCUAUCGAAUUUUAAAUACGUCAAUUAGAAUGUCAUUAAUACGAAGCCUCGCUUCGAAUUCGUGGUACACCGAUUACCCAGGCAUAGUCGAUCGAUAACAUGCCCAAGUUCGAAAUAUUUCAUUAUCCUGGGGAUCCGUUAGAAAAUAGCCAAUUAACAAGACAAUUACAGACUCUACGCAAAUUCGCCAACUCCUAAUUCAUUUGCGGUGUUACCGAACCGUUACUCGGAGACUCAUUAAAAGUAACAUUCCCUCUGAAUAAGCAUCUAUUGUGAUAAAAGACAACAUAAAAUAAAGUGAGUGAAAUAAACAUCUGUUGUUCUAUUAAUUGUUUUCGUAAAAAAAAAAGAAUAAAAUAAAAUAAAAGAAAAGAAAAACAUUACCUAAUUAAACGAAUAUUAUCUAACGAUGUGCUUACAAAAGGAAUGGUAUCGCAAAAGUCAUUGGAUCAUUCUUAUUCUCUUUCUGUGCUCCAUGUGCUUAGCACAUGGGUCAAGGGUGAAAAAUAUCACCCAUGGAGUAUCGAGGCACAUUCGAUCCAUCGGAUUUCCCGAGGGUAGCGGCAUAGGGAUGUUUUUUGCUCUUGGCGUACCGAUUGACAUCCCCGACAAGUCCAUACUAUUCUCCUUUUAUUUCGAGGCAAAUUAUGGUCUACCAAGCGAUUGGAAUUCGAGCUAUUACACCGAAGUAGAACAUUUUAAAAGACGAGGUCUCAAUAGACGAUUGAUCUACGAUGUAAUCAUAAAGAAACUAGAAAGUAGCGGCUAUUCCGGAAAAAAUUGUUUGUUAAAAACAAUUUGUGAGAUUGGUAAAUACUCGUUGAAAGGAAAUGGACUUCUCGGAGAUAUCGUCCGGAUUUUAUUUGCACCUUCCAGUUCACAAGAGGAAAAUCUUCCGGACGAAAUAAUUAAAGCAGAAUUCGAGGAAAAUUGCAAUCGACGUUAUAAGGACUGCGAGAAGAGCCUGUUGGAUAUUAUAAGCUCUUUUGUACAUGACGUGGGAUAA